AUGGCUUCGCAAAGUAUUGACUCUCAAAAAUAAGAUAAGAUAAAGAAAAUAAAAGCUUCAAUUGGAGUCUUUUUUGUAUUUGUUAUUAUGGCCUUAUUCAUUAUCUACGUCUAUCUGAUAAUUAGAGGUCUCAUAUAAAGAGAUAUUGUGAUAUUGACAUUUACUGCUACAUAAAUAAUUUACUAAGUAUUCUUUGCAAAAAAGAAUUAAACCUUCAUUAAUUUCUUUUAAUACUUCGAGUGCCAUAAUUAUUUCAACCACGCUAUUGUUGAAUUUGAAGAAGAGAUGCAGAAAAAUAAUUCUAUGUUAUGCGUUCAUCCUCAUGGAAUUUUAACAGUAGGUUUAUUACUUAAUCUGAAUACCUACAUUUAAAUGCCAGCUUUGAGCAGUAGAUUCUUGCUAUCCACUCCUUUCUUAGGAAUGCUAUGCAAAUGGUGGGGUUUUAAGAGCGUUGAUGGUAGUAACUUUAAAAAGUUAUGCGAAAAUGGUUAAAACUUUGCUUUAGUCCCAGGUGGUUUUGAGGAAGCAACACUUAGCAGCUAAACAAAAGAUAGAGUUUAUAUUAAGCACAGAAAGGGAUUUAUUAAAUAUGGAUUAAAAUAUGGCUAUAAAAUCUAUCCUAUGUACACAUUUAAUGAAAACAAGCUUUUUAAAACAUUGGAUGACACACUACUUAAUUUCAGGCUUUAUCUAAACAAACUAAAAUUAGUAACAGCUAUCUUCUACUCAAAAUAUCUAUUUAUCUUACCUGAUCCUAAUUAUAAUUUAACUUCAGUUGUAGCAAAAGGAAUACAGCUCCCUAAAAUAGAGAAUCCAACCAAAUAAGAUGUAGAGAAAUACCACUAAAUGUAUAUAACUGAACUCAAAGAGUUAUUUAAUAGGCAUAAAGCUAGAUUUAACAAUAAUAACGAAAUGAUAAUUUACUGA